CGGCCAUCAUCCGGGAAGGAGUGUGGCGCGCCACACAUCACACGUAGUCAACUUGAAGACGCGGAUAUUGACUGAGCGGGGUUACCAGGCCAGUCAAUAUCGGAGUCACUGUCUCUAGAUGGCGGUAAAAUGGCCGGGCUCUAUGGUUCAAGACCCGCACGGUAAUCGAUGUGGUCUGCAGGUCUUGUCCAUAGUCCUUCUUGAUCCGGGGGCGUCCACUAGGAACUCUAGCCGCGGACAAAGCCGUAAAAGACAAACUUCAGUCCAUCAUCGACCUCCGUAAGCAAACAAACCUGACAAUCCAAAUCAUCCAACUGGAACCACCACCAUGUCUCGAACCAUUGCCAAGCUUGCCCUGGCCCUUCUUCCCUCAACAGCCCUCGCGCAGCAGCGAUGCCAAUGGGCCUCGCUACGGAGCUUCACCGACGUCUUCAUCGAAUCCCAGGUCGCCGGAGACAUCUCCGACCCCAUCUUUUCCUCACCUUUGCUACAAUACACACAGAACGGUGUCCCCCUGACCAUCAACUCGUCAGCCAGCCUGCUGGGGACUACCCCGGUCACAGUUCACUUUUCGCACACCAUUGUUGACCAGGACCAGUGCGCGAGCUUUACCAAGUUGGUCGUUAGCACUCCUAGCACUAUCGGCACUGAUGGUGUGCGGUGGUCACGGUCUCUGUUAACACGAGGGGGCAGUGGUACUAGUAAAGAAACAGCCAGGAGGAACUUGAAGGGCAAGGACAAUGAGGGGGAAAGGCUGCUGAUCCUCGGCGCGCAAUUGAGGUUCAACCUCAGCACCUCCGGCAACGCACUUGAAACAAGGGUGAGCACCAUGGACGUGGUGUACGCGGGCGAGGGAGACUGGAAGCUGGACAAUGCCACGGCCGCAAGGUGGUUUGUUGAGCGCGAGGACUGGGGCGCGAUCAGUGCCAGCCUGCAAGACUCAAGGGACACGUUGGAGGGUGUUGCGGAUGCGUAUUUGGAUUUUCUUGGGGGCAGUACUGCUAGUGUCCCCUGGGACAGCCCCUGUGCGAGGCUUGAGGGGAGUUUCUACAUUGCUGGUAACUCGAAGGAUACAUGUGUUGAGGGGUUGGUCCUGCCGGGUGCUGGGCAAGGAGGGGUUGGGAGUGGGAAGGCCAAGGGGUUUGCGCAGAGGAGAUAUGUUAUGGAUCAGACAGCUGGGUCGGUGAGUGUCUUUGCGAGGGAUGAGGGUUUAGGGGGUGCGCCGGCGGUGUUUGAGUUUAGGGUUGUGCAGGGCAGGCUGAGGUAUGUUCAUCAGUUUGUGGCGACGGCGACUGGGGGUGGGACUCGGAGGGUGGAGUGAAAAGGGGGGAUCUAUUAGUGCAUGUGUAGGGUAGACUACCUACCUAUGGCUUAGAGCCUAAGUGCCGCGGCUGGAUACAAUCUACUAAGUUCGCU